CUGCAUAAAAGCCACCUCUGCCUAACGGUCCUCAAGGAGAGCUCAGUAUCACACACACGACCACUUCUGAAAGCUCUGCUUAGCUCUUAUCUCGGUACUUAUUAGCAGUUCGUCAGCAUGUUUUUGUUCAGUAUAUUCUCUUCUCCUCAAUAAGCUUGACGACAAUAAGGAAUGACCACAUCUGCUCCUGGUACACAGUAGGCGCUCAGUAAAUGCUCGUUCCUUUCCAACCCUGAUACCUGCUGCACCCGUCGCAUUUGCGGUGUGCAAAGUAAACCCAACUUAUCAGUUGCUACUAAAUUCACGCUAGGAUCAAAGGAGGCGGAGGAGCGAGUGGGCAGUCAGAAUCGGGUGGGCUUUUCCGUUUAUCAAGGAGAGUUAACCACUGUUCUCCUGGGCCGCCGGCACGGAUCUCAAUGACUGUCACUGGGGGUCAGGCCAUAGUCUCCGAGCCCGGGGCCCCACACCAAUUGUCUUUGUCAUCCGGAGCCUACAAUCCUCCCUUCACCAGGUAUUUUCUCCUUGCUCGAUUUCUUUGCCUCAGCCUGACUUCCUCAGGAGGUCGGAUUCUCUUCACCUGUUUGGCCGCGUGUGUCCCCUGGAACCUGCCCCCUAAACGCGCCCCUCCCGCGCCGCCCUUCUCCUUCCUCGUCCCGCCCGGAAGCGCUCCUCGACGAUCGUUUACUGAGCACCUACGACGCGCAGGCACCGAGCAGGGCCGCCGGGAGCCCCUCCCCAGCUCCACCGCCGCUCUCGCCUCCCUCCGCCCAGCCCACCGGUCCGGAUCCCAGGGUCUCAACUCCCCGGACUUCCACACGGAAUCUGCCGCUUCUUCCAGGGGCAUAGCCGCACCGCCUUCUCUGGAGACGGCUUCUGAUUGGGAAACCCGGGUAAUGCUCUUCAGUGCAGCCGCCCCACUCGCCCGCCUUCUCCCCGCGGGCUGCCGGGUUACCCGCUGCCAGGCUGGGGCCACUGGCAUUCGCGCCUUCGGGCUUCCCGGCGCCCUGGGGAGUGUUUGCAGUCUCUGGAGCCGCCGAAGGGCUCUUUCCUAGGUCCUGCACAUACUUCGAUACAAGAUGAGGUCCCCCUUCUGGCCGAAGGAGACCAGUCAAGCGGGCCUGGGCAGAGAUGCAUCAAGCUAAACGACGUCCCCUCCACCAACUCUGCACGGGCCUAUUUGCUGCGUCUCCUGGAACUUACCUCCCCCUGAAAUUAUCCCUUUGGGUUAUUGGGUUAUCUGCCUUCCCGCACAAGAAUGCAAGUUCCAGGAAGGCAGAGACCUUAUCUGUCUCCUCAAUCACUUGAUCCCCAAUGUUAGGAACACAAAGUAGGUUUGCAGCAAACACUUACAGAAUGAAUAAAUGAA